AUGUUAUCAUUGAGAGAGUUGUCAUUGAGACCAUUCACAGAUAACAAAGGCAACUACGAGGCGGAGAGCGAGGCGAACAGCGUGGGCAAGGGCCGCAACCGCGUGCGCGUGACGCUGGGGCGCGGGGACCUGGGCGCGCGGUACGAGUGCCGCGCCCAUAACGCCGCCCUCAACGCGCCCAUGGUCAGCGCCGUCAACGUGCUCGUCAACGGGAAAAAGCAUAUAGAAAUUCUUAAAGUGGAUAAGGAAAUCUACAAGACCGAAUACGAUGCGGGGCAUAACAAACGGAGUGGAAGGCGCGAGCGCAGCGUGGCGGCAGCGCACGUAAGCCUAGCUAUAGUAGAAUCUGAAAACAUACCCAGCUCUGACGCAACCACUGACCGGUGCGACGGCGGUUCUAGCGUGCGGCCCCAGCCUCGCCUAGCAGACCGCAUCCCCGCCACCCUCACCGCCCCGCCCACUGCUGCUGGGCCAUGGGAUUUAUGA